CUGAUGGUCAGAUCUGUGGUCUUGCUCCCAGGGAUAGGUUGCUGGCAUGAGAUGCAGCAUGGGAGCCUAGGAAUUGGCACAGUCACUGGGCAAAGGCACAGCCACGGGACCCAAAAGGCUCCCAGCACUGGGGAAGCAGCUCUUUGACCCAACACACAGCCCUUCCAGUUUAAAAAAUUUUUAAUGUCUGUUUCCCUCCUUGGUCCCUGACAUUCCUAUAAAAUGGAGAGAGCUUCCUGGAAUUCUCCUCUUCCUAGCCUGUUGUUUUCAGUUUUGUUUUGUUUCUAUUUUUAAAUAAGUGAAACCUAAGAAGAGCUCCACCCCUCCUCGUUGGUUUGACAACAGUAACCUGCUGCCCGGCUGCCUUUGCAGCAGUGAGAUUUGGACAGGACCCCGGCAAGAUGCAGGCCCUGGGGGGCCCCAGUCCCGGGCAGACGUGCGUGCUGAUCCUGAUCUUUACAGCGCUCCUGCAGUCCCUCUGCGUGGCCGUGACUUACAUGUACUUCACCAGGGAGCUGAAGCAGAUGCAGGACAAGUACUCCCAAAGUGGCAUCGCUUGUUUCUUAAAGGAAGAUGAUAUCCCUUGGGACCCCGAUGAUGAGGAGAGUAUGAACAACCCUUGCUGGCAAGUGAAGUGGCAACUCCGUCAGGUUGUUAGAAAGAUGAUUCUGAAAACCUAUGAGGAAACCAUUCCUACAGUUCCAGAAAAGCAGCUAAAUAUUCCUUACGUAGUAAGUGAAAGACGUCUUCAGAGAGUAGCAGCUCACAUAACUGGAAGCAGUUGGAGAAGAAGCAUGUUUCCAGUUCCAAGCUCCAAGAAUGAAAAAGCUUUGGGCCAGAAAAUAAACUCCUGGGAGUCAUCAAGAAAAGGACAUUCAUUCUUGAAUAAUUUGCACUUGAGGAAUGGAGAGCUUAUUAUCCUUCACAGGGGGUUUUAUUACAUCUAUUCCCAAACAUACUUUCGAUUUCAGGAACCUGAGGAAACUUCGGGAACAAUUUCAACAGAACAGAACAGAAAGAAAAACAAACAAAUGGUACAAUAUAUUUACAAAUACACAAGUUAUCCUGACCCUAUACUGCUGAUGAAAAGUGCUAGAAAUAGUUGUUGGUCUAAAGAUUCUGAAUAUGGACUCUAUUCCAUCUAUCAAGGUGGGAUAUUUGAACUUAAGGAAAAUGAUAGAAUUUUUGUCUCUGUAAAUAAUGAGCAAUUGAUUGACAUGGACCAAGAAGCCAGUUUUUUUGGAGCCUUUUUAAUUGGCUAAAUAAUCUGCAAAGAAAAACAUUAUUCUCAAAGUGACCAUUCACAGCAAAGCAAGGAAGUCGGAGCAAAGCCACUUCAACCAAAAGACCAAAAAAGCAACACGUGCUUCUCUAAUAUCUCUGAAAAUGACCAAGUCAUUCUAAGAAAGUGAAAUUGCCGAAAGAACUUUCAGGGAUCUAGCAGAUAUCAGUUUGCUAGCAGAAAUCUAAAAGAUUCUGUUUCCAAACACUUCUGUAGCAAUAAACAGCUGUCUUUAUUAUCUACUCUUGUGAAGAUUCCAAAAGAAAGAUUAAUGAUCCAUCUAUUUUUUAUGUAGGCUCCACAGCCAAUGUAGAGCCCAACAGCGGGCUUGAACUCACAACCCUGAGAUCAAGACCUGAGCUGAGAUCAAGAGUCAGACACUUAACUGACUGAACCACCCAGGCACCCAAUGAUCCAUCUCAUAAGUAUUAUAUCACCUUGGUCACUUCCAGGUUACCAUUAGGGACAACAUUGCCAAAGUUGAAAGGAGAACCACAAAAAGGUCAUGAUCUUGGGAGGUAGCCUCUGUCAAUAUAUGCAAUGUGCAAAGGGUGUUUGUGUUGUGCAUGACCUCACAGGAGUUAUCUCAUACACCUGGAUUUGAUGGAAAUAAGAACAUUCUACUCAAAAUAAUAUCAUUUUGUUAAAAAAAAAAACUAACUAAAUUUAUGCUCAGUGAACAAAGAAUUAUUUCUGAAUGACUUGUGAUUUUCACUCCCAAAAGUCAGGCUGGUCAAAAGCACUGAUAAUAUUUUUGAUAAAGGACUCCAUAAUGAGUGAACAGCUAAUCAGAACAAGGCAAUUUGGUCUCAUGGGAGCAGGAGAAUAGGAAAGUGGAAAUGCCAAACACAGGUAAAUUAGCAGAAAAGAACCUAGGAAAGAUCUGAUCCCCACCCCCUACCCUUCUACCCCAUCCUCCACUGCCAAAUGUCAUUGUCUAGUAUAAAAAUGCUUAAGGUUGUUUCAGUUACUUGCCUCUGUCAGAAGAAGAGCAAUUGCUUUUAUCUGCCAAAAUUGUGACACAAAACAUUCUAUUUCACCAUUUAAUCUAACCAGUUGGAGAAAAAAAAUUAGUUGGAGUAUUUGUCCAAUCUUUUCUAACUGUUGUCCUAAACACAGUAUAAUUCAUACUUUGGGCUUGUAUGCUCAAACGUUCAUUUAAACGUAUCUGAUCAAAUAAGUUAUUUCAAAAGAGGCUCAUUUAAAUUUAAAUUUAUGACAUGCUCCAGAUACCUGGCACUUCUGGCCCUUCUUACUCUAUUUUCUAUAACACUAGUUAAGUUUUUACAUACUGACAAAUUGACUUCAUUUGUUAUUCUGUUUUUUAAAGCCUGCUUCCUCUCACCAGAAUGUAAGCACUGUGAUCGCAGGGAACAUGUAGUCCUGCUCGCAUUUGUAACCUCAGGACCUGGGACAGUACCUUAACAUAGUACCCACACAAAAUAUAUUUGUGAAUAAACGAAUGAUGGAGUGAAUGAAUACCUAAUCCUAUGGGGAAAAAAAUUUAAAACCAGCCACUGCCUUAUCCCUUAUACUGAAAAAAAAAUGUUGAGGAAUUUCAAAAGUAAUCUCAAAGUGAAGAAAACCUUUUAUUUUCUUAUUUCUUUAAAGAUUUAAUUUUUAAGUAAUCUCUACAUCCAACGUGGGACGCCAACUUACAACCCCAAGAUCAAGAGCCGUACACCCUACUGACUGAGUCAGCCAGGAGCUCCAAAGACCUUUUAAACAAGGAUUUAAAACUCAAAGAAAAAGACUACAAUGUGUGUUAAAUAAAACCUUGAAAUGAAAGAGAAAAUUAAUUUUUACUCUAUAUUUUUAUACUAAAUAUGUAAGAUAUGUUACUUUUUCAAUAAAAAUGACAUGUUAAAAUGUGUAGUUUUUGUUUAAUACUUGCAUUUGUUUUAUGGUACCAAGAUUAUUCAAAUCUUCUUCUAAUCUCUUUUUCAUGAUAUCUUUUAUCUGACAUAUCUUACAGAAGAAAGGAAAUAAAUUGCUCACUUUUUAUUUAAUGUGUUAAAAUAUAUCAGUCUUUUCCUUUAUAGUUAAUGCUUUUGUUAUGGGUUGAAUUGUGUCCCCCGAAAAGGGUAUGUUGAAGUCCCACUUCCCACUACCUCAGAAUGUGAGCUUAUUUGGAAACAGGGUUGUUGCAGAUAUAAUUAGUUAAGAUGAGGUCAUAGUGGAGUAGUGUGGAUUUUUAUAACAAUAAGACUGGUAUUCUUUUUUCUUAAGAUUUUAUUUAUUUAUUUUAGAGAGAGAGUGGGAGGAAGAGCAGAGGGAGAGAGACAAGCAGACUCUGUGCUAAGCGCAGAGCCUGAUGCAGGGCUCCAUCUCAUGACCCUGAGAUCAUGACCUGAGCCGAAAUCAAGAGUGGACGUUCAACUGACUGAGCCACCCAUGUACCCCAAGACUGGUAUUCUUAUUAAAAGAAGGAAAUUAUUUAGAAACAGGCACGCAGAGAGAACUCCAUGUUACAACAGAGGCAGAGAUUAGAAUGAUGGCUGUCACCAGAAGCUAGGGAGAGACAAAGAAAGAUUCUACCCAGUCUCAGAGGAAGGAUCUGAGACCCAGAGUCUCAGAACUCUGCAGACACCUUAAUUUUGAACUCCUGGCCCCCAGAGCUGUGAGAGAAUAAAUUUCUAUUGUUGAAAGCCACUCAGUUUGUGGCACCUUGGUCCAACAGCCCUAGAAAACUAAUACAGAUUUUCAUACCAUGUCCAAGAAAUUUCUACUGAUACUAGGCAGACAUUGCCAUAUUUUUUUUUUCUAAAAGUUUUAAAGUUUGGCCUUUCAUAGUUUGAUAGCAACACUCAACUCUAACUUAUGUGUGAUGUGAGAUAGGGAUGUAAUUUUAUCUUUUACCACAGUAGUAGCCAGUUGUCCAACACUGUUCAUUGGAGAGUCCGUUUUCUUCCCUACUGAUUUUAAUGUUUCUUCUAUCAUAUACCAAGCUCUCAUGGGUCUCUUUCUGUCCUCACUUUUUUCCCCCUAUUGUUCUAGUUGUCCAUCUUUAUGGCAUUUGGGUUUUUUAAAUUGCGGUAAAAUAUACAUAAAAUUUAUCAUUUUAACCAUUCUUGACUGUACAAUUCAGUGAUAUUAAGUACAUUCACAUGGUUGCACAACCAUCAACACUACACAUCUCCAGAAUAUUUUCAUCAUCCCAAACUAAAACUUUGUACCCAUUAAACAUUCUCCCUCCCCUCAGCCCCUAGUAACCACCGUACUUCUUUCUUUCUCUAUGAUUUUGACUAUUUUAGGUACCUCAUGUGAAUAGAAUUAUACAAUACUCGUCCUUUGUGUCUGGCUUAUUUCACUUAGCAUAAUGUCUUCAAGAUUCAUCCAUGUUGGGCGCCUGGGUGGCUCAGUUGGUUAAGCGACUGCCUUCGGCUCAGGUCAUGAUCCUGGAGUCCCGGGAUCGAGUCCUGCAUCGGGCUCCCUGCUCGGCAGGGAGUCUGCUUCUCCCUCUGACCCUCCUCCCUCUCAUGCUCUCUGUAUCUCAUUCUCUCUGUCUCAAAUAAAUAAAUAAAAUCUUUAAAAAAAAAAAAAGAUUCAUCCAUGUUGAAGUAUGUGUCAGAAUUUUAUUCUUUUUUAAAGCUGAAUAAUAUUCCAUUGUAUAUAUUUGUUUAUUCAUUCACCCGUCAAUCGUAUCAUCUGGCUUUAAUGGUUACUUUGCUUUACUGCAAAUCUAGAUAUCCAGUAUGUAUAUUCACCUUCUUUAGCCCUCUAUUUCAAAAUAAUAGUCUAGUCUUAGCCCUUACUUUUCCCUGUGAAUUUAGGAACUGCUUGGAAUUUGUAUGUAUAGACACACACAUACAUGCACACAUACACACAAUCUUUUAGAUAUUUUGAUAGUGUAGGGGAGGAAAAUUUUCUCUUUGACCCUCUUAGGGUGUUCAGCUUAAGCAUUAAACUGACAUAAGAUAGAUUAACAAGAGGAAAAUAUGCAAGAUCUCAUUAUUAUUAUUAUUAAUUUGGGUGGAGAAGUGACCAGAAAGGUAAGGGUUGGUUUAACAAGGUUCUGUCUAUGAACCAGGCAGGGGGCUCUCACCAGACAUGAAAUCUACUGGCACCUUAAUCUUGGACUUCCCAGCCCCCAGAACUGUGAGAAAUGAAUUUCUGUUGUUUAUAAGCUAUGGUAUCUUGUUAUGGCAGCCCAAACAGACUAAGACAAGGGGUAAAGAGAUUACAUGAAGAAAUAAUGGCCAUAAACUUCCCAAAUUUGAGGAAAGAUGUGAAUCUACAAAUCCUAGAAGCUCAAUGAACUCCAAUCAGAUAAAGUAAAGAGGUCCAUACCAAGACACAUUAUAAUCGAGCUGUCAGAGACAAAGAGAGAAUCUUGAAAGCAGUAAGAGAAAAAUGACUUAUCACACAGAAGAUUCUCAAUAAGAUAACAAGUCAAUUUCCCAGCAGAAACAGUAGGGGCCAGAAGAUGGUGGGAUGUUGUAUUAAAAUGCUGAAAGCAAAACAAUGUCAACUGAGAAUUCUAUAUCCAGUAAAACUAUUCUUCAAAAAAUGAGGGAGAAAUUAAGAUAUUCCUAGAUAAACAAAAGCUGAGCAAACUCAUUAGCACUAUAUCUGCCCUCCCAGAAGUGCUAAAGGGAAUGCUUCAGGUUGAAAUAAAAGGACACUAUACAAUAAUUUGAAGCUGUAUGAAUAUAUAAAUAUCUCUAGUAAAGGAAAAUACAUGAUAAAAUAUCAAAAUCAUUACUGUUGUAAUUUUAGUUUGUAAAAUUCAUUUUUAUUUUCUAUAGUAUUUAAAGUCAAAUGCAUAAGAUAAUCAUAAAUCUAUGUUAAUGGGUACAAAAUAUAUAAAGAUGUAAUUUGUGACAUCAAUAACAUAAAGCUGUAAAGGAAUAAUUUUUGUAUGCAGUUGAAGUUAAGUUGGUAUCAAAUCAAAUAAGAUUGUUAUAAUUUUAGGAUAUUAAGUGUAAUCCCCAUGGUAACCACAAAGAAACUAUCUAUAGAAUGUACACAAAACAAGAUGAGAAGGGAAUCAAAACGUGCCUCUGUAAAAAUUUAACUAAAUACAAAGGAAGGCAGUAAUGGAGGAAGUGAGGAACCAAAUGCUGUAAGACAUACAGAAAACAAACAAAUGGCAUCUUUUAAAUAUACUAGAUUAAACUACCCAAUCCAAAGGCAAAGAGUGAACAUGUGAAUAGAAACUACAGUCACCUCAGAAAGAAAACAGCCAAUUUGACGGAAGGGGAAAGACAUAAGAAGGAAUGAAGAAAAGUUGUGAGAGGGUGCCUGGGUGGCUCAGUUGGUUAAGCAACUGCCUUCGGCUUAGGUCAUGAUCCUGGAGUCCCGGGAUCGAGUCCCACGUCGGGCUCCCUGCUCAGCAGGGAGUCUGCCUCUCUCUCUGACCCUCCCCCCUCUCAUUCUCUCUCUCAAAUAAAUAAAUAAAAUCUUUAAAAAAAAAAAGAAAAGAAAAGUUGUGAGAUUUCUUAGAUUUUAUAGGAUAGGACCGUAGAGCUAUUGAGCUGUGAAUACACAAUGUUCUCCAAGUCAAGAGAAGAAGACCCCCUGAAAUGAUUCAGAGAUCAUUAAGUCUGCCUCCUUGGUAUUAAAAUGUGGAAAUCUAUUUCUUGAAUUUCAGCAGAUCAGACAACCCAUGCUCAUAACUAUAAGAGUGGUACCACCCAAAGCUGUGGGGUCAGGACCACCCAAAGCCAUAGAGGGCAGACCCUUGCCCAGCAGAGUGAUGGGACGUGGCUUCUUCCACCAUUUCAAAGAACGGACCCACCCAGAACUAUGGGCAUGCAAAUCAAUCAGAAGAUCACAGAGAGGAGGAAGUCAAUGCAGAGAGCCCCCUGCCAGCAAAAUGCCUGAUAGAAUCAUGCCCCCAGAACCCCAGACCAACAGAGCCAUUAGUGUGUAAUUUCAGACAGGGAAAGCAGCAGGUAGGCAAAUCCAACCCAUAAAAGCUGCCAUAUGAACUUCCCCAGAAAAGCCUUGGGGUCAAGGAUAACCCAAUAUUCCCAGAAGAUACUAUCUUCACCCCACUGGGCCUGGCAGGCAGAGCAUCUAAUUAAAGUUAUUUAAGCCUUAAAAUUUGAUGUUUGCUCUGUUGGGUUUGGACUUGUUAGGCUGCCUCUUUCUUUCCUAUUUCUCCUUUUUAGAAUGGGGAGUUUACCCUAUGUCUGUCCUACCAUUUUAUUUUGGAAGAACAUGAUUUGCUUUAUUUCACAGAUUCACAGCUGGAGAGCAAUUUGCCUCAGAAUGGAUUGUACCUUAAGUCUAAUCUAUAUCUGAUUUAGAUGUAUUUGUAUGAGACUUUGAACUUUAGAAUUUUGAGUUGAUGCUAGAACAAGUUAGGCGUUUAGGACUAUUGAGAUGGAGUGAAUGAAUUUUGCAUGCAAGAAGGACAUGAAUUUGGGGGGCUAGGUCAUGAGAGCUCCACCUUCAUGGAUGAGGUUAAUGUCCUCAUAAAAAAAAAAGGGGGGGGGGCGCCUGGGUGGCUCAGUUGGUUAAGCGACUGCCUUCAGCUCAGGUCAUGAUCCUGGAGUCCCUGGAUAGAGUCCCGCAUCGGGCUCCCUGCUCGGCAGGGAGCCUGCUUCUCCCUCUGACCCUCCCCCCUCUCAUGUGCUCUCUGUCUCUCUCAUUCUCUCUGUCUCAGAUAAAUAAAUAAAACCUUAAAAAAAAAAAAAGGCCUGAGAGAGGUUCCUUGCCCCUUCUGUCAUGUGAGGACACAACAAGAAGCCUUAGACCCAGAAGAGGGCCCUCACCUGAUCACACUGGCAAGACCAUCAUCUUGACUUACAGCCUCCAGAACUGUGAUAAAUAAAUUUCUGUUGUUUAUAAGUCACCUAGUCUGUGGCAUUUUGUUAGAGUAGCCCAGAUGAACUAAGACAUUCUCUGAUCAAAAGGCAUAGAGUGGAUGGAUAGAUUCAAAAAAUGAGAUCCAGUGAUAUGCUGUCUACAAGAGACUAACUUUAGAUUGAAAGACACACACAGACUGAAAAUGGAGGGAUGGAAGAAGAUAUUCCAUGAAAACAGUAACCCAAAAAAAGUAGGAGUGGCUAUACUUAUAUAAGGCAAAAUAGACUUUAAGUCAAAAACUGUCUCUAGAGACAAAGAAGGUCACUAUAUAAUGAUAAAAGUUCCAUUCAACAAGAAGUUAUAACAAUUAUAAAUAUUACACAUUCAACAUCAGAACCCCUAUAUAUAAACACUGGCUGAUCUGAAGGGAGAAAUUGACAGUGAUAAAAUAAUAGUAGGCACUUCAGUAUCCCAUUUAUAAUAAUGGGUAGAACACUUAGAAUAUCAAUAAGGAAACAACUGAUUUGAAAAACAUGAUAUGCCAAAUUGACCUACUUGACAUAUACAGAACUUUCCAGCCAACAGAAGAAUACACAUUAACACAUUUUCCAGGAUAGAUCACAUGUUUGAUUACAAAACAAGUCUUAACAAAUUUUUUGAAAUUUAAAUCAUUCCAAGUACCUUUUCCAAUCACAAUGGAAUGAAACCAGAAAUCAAUAACAGUUGAAAAUGUUAAGAAAAUGGGAAAAUUUACAAAUAUGUAGAAACUAAACAACACACUCUUGAACAACUACUGAGUCAAAGAGGAAAUCAAAAGGAAACUUAAAAAGUACCUUGAGAUAAGUGAAAAUGAAAACACAAUAUACCAAUACUUAUGGGUUGUGGCAAAAGCAGUACAAAGAAGAAAAUUUUUGUCAAUAAACACCAAGAAAGAAAAAAGAUCUCAAAUAAACAACUAACUUUAUACCUCAAGGAAAUAGAACAAAGAACAAACUAAGCCCAAAGUUAGCAAAAGAGAGGAAAUCAUAAAUAUUAGAGCAGAAAUAAAUCAAAUACAGUAUAGAGAAAUAAUGGAAAAAAACCCCUAAGAUAAGCAAAAUCAACAAACCCCUACCUAGACUCACUGAAAACAGACAAGACUCAAACAAAUAAAUUCAGAAAAUAAAGAGAAGACACUACAAUAACGUCUCUGAAAUAAAAAGGGUCAUUAGAAACGAUCGUGAAUAAUUAUAUGCCAAUGAACUGGAUAACUUUGAAUAAAUAAAUUUCUAAAAACAUUCAACCUACUGAAACUGCAUCAAGAAAAAAUAAAAAGCCUAAACAGACCAGUAACAAAUAAGGAGAGCAAAUCAGUAAUCAAAAGCAAAGAAAAGCCUAGGACCAGAUGACUUCACAGGUAAAUUUUACCAAA